UUCGCUUUCAGUUGGCUUUUUUGUUUCCCAUUCGCCGCGGGGCCCUGGCCUUUUCUCCGGGCUCCCGCCGCAGCAGGAGAAGCCGCGAUCGGAUGGCCUCUCUCCGUGCACUCGGGGCCUUGCGCCGGCACAUCGGCACGUACUUUACCCGCAGGGGAUUCAGCUUGUUCGGCCGGAGCCACAACCAAAGCCGGGCCGGGCCUAGGCCGGGAACCUCGAGCUCGGGUACGGGGCAACCGGGGGUGACCGAACUGGACAGGGCGGAUGCCUGGAUGCUCAGGAAGGCCCAUGAAACAGGAUUCCUAUCCUGGUUUCGGAAUGGUUUGCUGGCAACCGGAGUCGGAGUGAUAUCGUAUAUGCAGAGUGACACAGGAAGAGAGGCGGCUUAUGGAUUUUUCAUCCUUGGCGGGGUCUGUAUUUCCUACGGGAGUGGCUCGUACAUUGCUAACCUCUUCCUGCUGAGGAGGAUGAUGAUGCUGUCUGUGCCAACAGCUCUGGUGAGUGGGCUGGUGGUGGGGGCGGUGGCCCUAUUCUGGCUGUGUGCUGUCUCCCUUUACAUCGGGCGGCUAGAAGUGGAGAUCAUCCAUGAUGAGGAAUGCGAGGACUGCAAGUCAAAAGACAGCAAGAACAAAUCGGACAAGUAAUGAAGGCGGAGACGGAAAGGAGGCAAUCGGGUGUUGAGAGUUGAAUCUUGCAUAUGUAGAAAUCUGUAUAUACAUAUUAUGAGUCCACAGGAUUUAAAGUUCCCAUGUUGAAGCAAUUAUUGACCCAUCAAGGUUAAUUCAUUAGCUAUAAAGCACUUCGGGACAUCAAGCAUCAUGAAGAGCGCUACAUGAAUGUAAACUCUUACUUCUAUUUAAUCACUGAGCUAAGGAAAAGAAUUUAAAUUUGACAUUUAUGUAGUCUGGGUUCCUUUUUUAUUUUGUUUUUGGUCAGGCUCGGAGAUGUACCAGUCUGGGAGCUUCCUACAUCAAAGAGGCUGAAGUAGGCUGUUUUAUGGAGCACAGGAUCCACUGCAAUCACAGGCCAUAAGAAAAAUAACAAAAGCCCAGUCUGAGUUCAUUAGCCUGAUCCUCCUCCAGACUUCCUCUAACAGCCCUACUGUAAUCUGCAUGUUUAAUGAGUAAGGAUAAUUGUUAGAUUUAUUGUUAUCCUUCCAUGUGAUUAAAUAGCCUUGCACUAGGUUCUGACUUAUGAAUGGAGAGCAGUUUUCAGGCCUGGAGAGAGGCUUCAAAGAGUAUACCCAGGCUUAGCAUCAUGAGGUUACCGGAAUUAAGCAAAGUCCAGCUUGCAAUGGGCCAAAUGGCUUUGUGUGCUGCAUCAUUACCUCGUCUUAUUAACAGGCCCUGUCUGCGAGCCUUUUAUUGCACGUGGUCUUUGGCCUGUGCAGCUCUAAUUCGAAGCUUCUGUGUGAUAAAGCCAACCUCCUUCCUUGGGUUAUUUAUUGACACCUCCUUGGCAUUGUAAAAAAUGAAACCUCAGAGCAAAGCUCUACAGGUUGGCCACUUAACUGUCAAUUUCACAAGUGGUUUGUGUUAUUCUGCACUUCAACAUGAACAAAUAAAAUAAAAUGCAUAUUUUAAGAUGUUGAAAAUGUGUGUUCGUAUAUAAAGUCACUGAGGAUGUAGCGUCGAUAACUUCUCAAUAUCCAGCAAGAUGACAACGGAAGAUAGAGGUCAUCAUAUGCCAGAUUAAACAGAUAGGGUUUUUGUUUCGCCAGAGGUUUCUCUUGCAGACACAUGUUUAAUUCAUUUGCAUGUAUAGUCAUGUAUUCUAAAGAAUGUACAUAUAAUGUCUGGGGGUUCCUUUGUAACAUGUAUGUAUAUAAUGUUAGGCUUGAAGUUAAACAUUUUCAGUCUUGUUUUCAAAUCCCUUCAUAUCACACACCCACUCCACCUAAAACCUCAUCCAGACCCACAAUCUACAAGGCAUCUGCCAUGUAGUAAUUUUGGUCUCUUGUGCAAUUUUCCCAAUUUUAAUUGCUGCACCAUUGGCAAAUCUAGGAAACUUUUGCCACUGACAUUCCUAAACUUCUCCAGCUCUCGUCCUUUCUUACAAGUCACUCUAAAGCUUUCCUCUUCGACCAAGCUUUCAGUCACCUCAACCAAAUGCCACCUCCUGUGGCUUGGCAUCAAAUUUUGCUUGAUGCUGCAGGGAUGUUUUAACGUGUUCAAGGUGCUAUGUAGAUGCAAGUUGUAUGCAUAUUCCCAGCAUUGCUGUGACCAGUUGUCUGGCUGUAGAUCUCAUUUUGUGGGAUCUUACUGUGCAUGGUUUGGUUGGCCAGUUCCUUUACAUCGCAGCCAUGACUAACCUUUGAUACUAAAUUUGUUGGCUGUCAAGUGCAUUGGGAGUGUACUAGCAGUGGGGGAAGGUAAAAGGUACUACAGAAACACGUCAUUAGGGUGUCACUGAGCUACUGUGUUUCUGUUCCUUGCUGAUUACAUUUACUGCUUUCACGUUCUGCUUGAAGUGCUGUGGAAGAUGUAACAUAACUGAUAUUAAAUGAGGAGUCAGCAGACAGAA